AUGACUUGCGGAAGCACAGGUUGUGCAGCGUCUAGUUGCGCCACUACUGACGUGCCUUUAGCAAGCACUGCGAUUUACUCGGAACCCCUAUCGCCAGAACAGAAGCAACGUUUGCAGGAGAAGCGAGCAGCCCGUAAGGAACGACACAAGAAGAGACCUUGUGGCUCCAGCCCUGCCGGCUGUGGCGGUAUCUCAACAGGCGGAGUUAGCUCAAGCACUAACUGCGGUGGUGAGGCCAGUGGCACAUCCUCUUCUUUCAUUGGCAAUCCUGGAGGAGGCGUGAACCCCAGUUCGUUCGAGCCGAAGACCCUGUCACCGGAAGAAAUCCAAGCAGACAAGGAGGCACACGACAAGAAGCUAGCAGAAGCCAAACAAAGGUGGACACAACGGAUCGCGAAAGCGAGGGGAUUGACGAGAGACGUAGGGUUGGGAGUAAGAUUGCUAUUGACCAAGACGAAGCUUGCGGCGAAGAAGAUUGCAAAGGGCAAGUUUUGA